AUGGAGCCAAACAAGAUCGGCGCCAAGAGGAGCCAGAUGUCCUUCGACCCAAAGGUUGCUAUGGAGAUAUUACCGUCCGUCAAUCUGGACUUUGACGCCCGUGUCCCUAUCCCCUUCAGUGUCUUCCCGUCGUCGUACCGGAGUGACGCUGUCUCUGAAACUACUCAGAUUAGAGUAGAGGGAGAAGUCAAUUUCGAUCACACUUCGCGCGUCGAACGGGAAGAUACUCGAGAUUCUACUCCCCUUCCCGCUCCUGUUCACGGAAAGGAAGAAGUCGAGUUUCGUGUUCAAGAAGAGCACUCUCAGUACGAGCAGCAAUCGCAGCAGUACGAGCACCAGCCUUCGCACAACUACGCCCCUGAAGUUGAGCUUACUCGUGAACGCUACCCCAGUCACCAACAAUCUUCUCUUGAAUACCAGGACCAUACUCAAGUCUACGAUAAAGUCGUCGAGACCCAAAUCGACCUCACUGAAAGAGACUACCGUUCACGUACCUCUCCUUCCAACGACCUCGACGUCUCUGACGACCGUCGUUAUCGUCAGCCCAUAGACUCCGCCUACGGUUACCAAUCCCAGUCCCUCGAAAUCUCGAACGACCGGACCUCUGAACCCCAGACCGACUCUUACAAGGAAGACGACGUCUACCUACGUGAAGUUCAGCCCCGUGCUCGGUACUCCACCCCGACCCAAGUAAAAGUUUCUCAGUCCACUACCAGUGAGAUCACCUCCACUCGCAAAAUGGGUUACUACAACGACGAAGGCCAGUACCACUCCUUCCGCCGCGGCGUUGAGCGCGCCGCCGACCGUGUCAUGCACCCAUUCUCCCAAUCCGAGAUUGAAGAGACUGCCUCAGGCGAGGUCGUUGCUGCCAGUGAGAGUGUCCGCGUCGUCGAGCCCCGCAACCGUGGCGCGGCUGCCGAGACCGUGCCCAUCCCCUGCCACUUUGUUCGCGUUGGCGACAUCCUGAUCCUUCAGGGCCGCCCUUGCCAGGUGAUCCGUAUCUCGGUCUCUCCCCAGACUGGCCAGCACCGUUACCUUGGUGUUGACCUCUUCACCCGCAAGCUGCACGAGGAGUCUAGCUUCAUCGCCAACCCCUCUCCUUCCGUGGUUGUCCAGACCAUGCUCGGUCCCGUCUACAAGACCUACCGCAUCCUGGACCUCCGUGAUGACAACCGCCUCGUCGCCAUGACCGAGAACGGUGAUGUCAAGCAGGGUCUUAAUGUCAUCCCCCAGGGCCACCUCUUCAAGCGCAUCAGCGAAGCCUUCUCUGACGGCCGUGGUUCCGUCCGUGCUCUUGUCAUCAACGAUGGGGGCCGUGAGCUCGUCGUCGACUACAAGGUCAUCCACGGCUCCCGUCUAUAA